UCGUAGUGUACAGCUGGUUUACGUUGGCUUCGGCUUGUCACUUGUCGCCAUCUUGAUGUUUCUUCCUGCUACAUGAAGGUAAGUUGGCUUUUAACAUUAGAAGUUAUUUAUUCUCUUGUUUCAUUAGUAAGAAAGGUGGUAAAAAAUGGUUUCUAAAUUUUUUAUUUCUUUAUUUUCAGGUGUUGUUGUUCGAAGUGGAUACUCGUCUGCGAAUUAAGUUUAUUGUUGGCGUUCGUCUGGUAUGUAUAUCUUGUCAGCGCAGUACGCCCUCAUGAAUCGUGAGAUUUCUGCCAUGCGGCGCUCCACGGGGUUCGAACUAGGAGAAUAUGUGGAAGUUCGAGAUAUUUUUAUAUCAGCCAGGUCAAGUAUUCUUUUCCAUGGUUUGCUACAAAAAUAUGAUGCAUUAUCUGAUAGGAUGCGCUUAGGUUUUCCUACUUGCGGAGUCCACUUAUUCACUAUGCAAUUUGCUAGGACUUCCCCUGUUAGCUUACCGAUGGGAAAGAACAUGGUGUAUUUAGAGAAUGUGCAUGUUAAUACGAAUAUAUAUUUCUUCCCAUGUUGUGCUAGGGGUAGAGGACCAUAAAUGUCGGCUGAUACUAACUCCAAUGGGGCGGUCGGCAAUAUAGGUAUCAUUGCUCCCCUGACUUGAUAUUUUAAAUGUUUGGUUUUCUGACAUAGGUCGCAUGCUCUUAACACUUUGACUACCUUUUUGUGCAUACCUUUCAGAUAACAGGCUUCUUUUAGUGUACAUAUCGUUUUUCUUACUCCAAAGUGGCCAAUUCUCUCAUGCGUUUCCUUAAUCACUUCUUCCGCU